CGCCAAGGGGAGAUCACGUGACCGCCUGCUCGCGUUGUCUCCUUGCCCCCUCACUUUACGCGCGUCUCCAUCAGCCGUCUCAGUAGCAGUACUCUUCGUAAGCCGGCCGAAGCAGAGGGUGCAGGCAAGCAGCGCGCUUACCACCCGCUGUCCUCCUACAGUGCUGUUGGUCCUGCUCUCCACGUUCCAGAGACAUCCGGAGAUGGAUGCAGAGGCCGGCAAGGCGAGGGUGCAGCAGCAGGGGGCGGCGUCCAGCGCGUCGACGAGCAGCUCGGUGGUGCCGUUCGACAGGUCGUCGCCGCGGCUCGGCGCGCCCGGCGCGGAGAGCUUCCACGGCGCGCUCAAGGAGCUCAAGGAUCUGCGGUUCCAGCUGCAAGAGGCCGCGGACUGCUGCGAGAAGGCGUUCCUCAACACUGAGAAAAAGAAGCUGAUUCUGGAGGGUACAAAGAGUUACGUCUGCGGUGCGAUUGUAGCUGUGAUUGAUCACUUGGGGACUGUUUCGUCCAAGCUUGAGCACAAGUUGCAGGAGAAAACAGACAUCACACCGACAGAACGAAAGAUCAACUUCUUGAAACAGAGGCUUUUGACAUGCGAACAUUAUGCAAUUUCCCUGAAGCUUUUGACUGCACGAGGGGACCCUGAUGCCAUUAAAUAUCAUCGUCGUUACAUCGCACAAUGUAUUCAAAGGAGCAAAGAGGAAAAUUGUGCUACCUCUAGUAAAGAUGAUCCAAAACUUCCGGAAAUUUUCCGCCCAAGCCCAAUAGUAUCUGGAGCUACUCUUAUCAAGCCAUAUGAUGUUCAACUUCAAUCAGCCAUUGAUGUACCAAAAUUCUUGUUAGGGAAAGAACAUACCAUGGCAACUGCAAAUGUUGAUGAAAGCCCAAGGGUCAUAAGAAGGUCUUCUUCUUUUAGAGCAGAGAAUGUUCACGCUGUUCUAGUUGAUCACAAGAAGAAGGCCAAUCAUGGGAGUAACAUCUUGUCAUUUCUAAAGAAAACUUGGCGACAUGCAUAGAAUCAAAAGAGCGCCAACAAGAUAGUGUAGUAGAAUUGGUCCUACCGGCCAUGCAAUGCUUUAACAAGAGCACUAGUACUGGAUGCAUUUGUGCAAUGGACUAGGUCCUCAGAAUUCUUUGAACCAUUUGUCCAUUUUUUUUGUUUCGUAUAAAUAGGAAAACAGAGGACUAGCAAUAGGAAGAUGGCCACUGAUCAUUUUGUAUUUUCUGAGUUCUGCAUAGGAGCAGCAAAAUUAGGGAUGCAAGUGGGUUGGGUUUUGUGGGCUUUGAGGCCCGUUUAAUCACAAUUAUAGUUAUAUUUUUGCAUCUACUUUUAUACUAAUGAGUGGAAAAUGAAAUAGUGUGCGGACUCUUAUGCGGGCUAGUGGAUUGUC